CUUGCCACUGACAAGAACAGAAUUUUGCCCGAUCUUCGUCUGCAUUCUCCUUUUCAUAAUGUCUUAAUUUCUCCUGUGCACCUCCGAGCCGGCUGCAGCACCGGCCCUCGAGCUUGAAGAGCCCUUUCAGGCUCUGCGGAGGGUACUUCCCUGGGCACUGCUCGAUGCCCUGGGAGUGGGCUCCACUGGGCAGGGAUUAUUUUAAACUGCUUCAAGCAAUUCACACGACAUCCGGCACAGGCAGCCCUGCUCGCGCAGUACCCGCCAGAGGCGAAACAGAUUAUGUGUACUUUGAGAAUUCCUCAAGCAAUCCGUACCUCAUCAGAAGAAUAGAAGAACUCAACAAGACUGCAACUGGCAACGUGGAAGCAAAAGUAGUGUGCUUUUAUAGACGACGAGAUAUUUCCAACACGCUUAUAAUGCUUGCAGACAAGCAUGCUAAAGAAAUUGAGGAAGAAUCUGAAACAACAGUUGAGGCUGACUUGACCGAUAAACAGAAACAUCAGUUGAAACAUAGGGAACUCUUUUUGUCGCGCCAAUACGAAUCUCUGCCCGCAACACAUAUCAGGGGGAAAUGCAGUGUUGCCCUUCUGAAUGAGACAGAGUCAGUAUUGUCAUAUCUUGAUAAAGAGGAUACCUUUUUCUAUUCAUUGGUCUAUGAUCCCUCAGUGAAAACACUAUUAGCUGACAAAGGUGAAAUCAGAGUGGGACCUAGAUAUCAAGCAGACAUUCCAGAAAUGCUCUUAGAAGGAGAAUCAGAUGAGAGAGAACAGUCAAAAUUGGAAGUGAAAGUUUGGGACCCAAAUAGCCCACUUACAGACCGACAGAUUGACCAAUUUUUAGUUGUAGCCCGUGCUGUUGGGACAUUUGCUCGAGCCCUUGAUUGUAGCAGUUCUGUAAGGCAGCCUAGUUUGCAUAUGAGUGCAGCUGCAGCUUCUCGAGACAUCACCCUGUUUCAUGCUAUGGACACAUUGUACAGGCACGGCUAUGAUUUGAGCAGUGCAAUUAGUGUCUUAGUACCACUUGGGGGACCUGUUUUAUGCAGAGAUGAAAUGGAAGAAUGGUCAGCCUCUGAAGCUAGUUUAUUUGAAGAGGCAUUGGAAAAAUAUGGCAAAGACUUCAAUGACAUACGUCAAGACUUUCUCCCUUGGAAAUCACUGACUAGCAUCAUUGAAUAUUAUUACAUGUGGAAAACUACUGACAGAUACGUGCAGCAGAAACGUCUAAAGGCAGCAGAAGCUGAGAGUAAACUGAAACAAGUGUAUAUCCCAACUUACAGCAAACCAAAUCCCAACCAAAUAUCCACCAGCAAUGGCAAACCUGGUGCUGUGAAUGGAGCCGUGGGAACCACAUUCCAGCCACAAAACCCUCUCCUCGGGCGAGCCUGUGAGAGCUGCUACGCUACACAGUCUCAUCAGUGGUAUUCUUGGGGCCCACCUAAUAUGCAGUGUAGGUUAUGUGCAACCUGUUGGCUCUAUUGGAAAAAAUACGGAGGCCUGAAGAUGCCCACCCAGUCGGAAGAGGAGAAGUUACCUCCUAGCCCAGCUACCGAGGACCCGCGAGUUAGAAGUCAUAUGUCUCGCCAGGCCAUGCAGGGGAUGCCAGUCCGAAACACUGGGAGCCCGAAGUCUGCAGUGAAGACCCGUCAAGCUUUCUUCCUUCACACUACAUAUUUCACAAAAUUUGCUCGGCAGGUCUGCAAAAAUACCCUCCGGCUGCGGCAGGCAGCAAGACGGCCGUUUGUUCCUAUUAAUUAUGCUGCCAUUAGGGCAGAAUAUGCAGACAGACAUGCGGAUCUAUCUGGAAGUCCACUGAAAAGCAAAAGCACUAGGAAGCCUUUGGCAUGUAUCAUUGGGUAUUUAGAGAUCCAUCCUUCGAAGAAACCUAAUGUAAUUCGAUCUGCACCAAGCCUGCAAACCCCAACCACCAAACGGAUGCUAGCCACCCCGAAUCACACGUCUCUGAGCAUUUUGGGGAAAAGAAGCUACAGCCAUCACAAUGGCCUGGAUGUCAGCAGAGGUCCAAGGAAGGAUUGUGUCAAAAUGUGGAGACGGGAUUGCAUUCCAACUUUUCCUUGCCUGCAGCAUGGGACCUUUAGAUUCAACCUUAAAUGGAAUCAAGAAUCUUUCUUUUCCAUCUUAUCACCUCCCUGGACAGUCUAGGUAUGUAGUCCUACU